AUGGAGCAGACAGCAAGCAGUACAGGAGAAAAGAUUAUUUUAGUGCCAUUUUUGUCAGAAAUGACUGGUAUUUAUCAUAAAUGGAUGCUUGAUCCAUUCAUUAGAGAAAUGACUUGCACUGAUGAACUUGACUUAGAUGAAGUAAAAAGCAUAUAGAAAUCAUAUCUCAAUGAUUCCAAGGACUUAGUUUUCUUGAUCUUAGACUUGACUAAUGAGGAUCAAUAGUUAUAAAAAGAUAAUUAUAUUCCUUAGCUAGAUCAAAUCUUAGAGUAGCACAAAGAUUAAUUAAUAGAUAAAAUUAAAAGACCUGCAUUAGCUGGAGAUAUAAACUUAUUUUUGCAAAGAAAUAAUGAAGAUUUAACUUAAGGUGAACUUAAUGUAAUGAUAGCUGAGUAAAAAUGCCAAAGGAAAGGUUUAGCUUAAGAGGCUAUUAAGAUGAUAAUGCAAUAUGGAGUGAAAUAUCAUGGCCAGAGAAGCUUUAUUGCAAAGAUAUCAAAUACUAAUACUUCAUCUAUAGAGCUAUUCAAGAAAUUAGGCUUCCAUUUGGAAAAAGAGAUUGAGGCUUUUGAGGAGGUACAUUAUGUUAUUAGUAAUAAAGAUUUAUAAGAGCAGGGUGAAUUUAUUGUUUAUAAUUAUUGA